UUCUCCGCUGCAUCACGCUGCUCUCAAUGGCAACCUGGAGCUCAUCUCCAUUCUGCUGGAGUCACAGGCUGCGGUGGACAUCAGAGACCAGAAAGGUAUGCGGCCUCUGCAUUACGCAGCCUGGCAGGGGAGGGCGGAGCCUAUGAAGAUGUUGCUGAAAUCAGGUUCGUCUGUCAACGGCCAAUCAGAUGAAGGACAGAUUCCUCUCCACCUGUCAGCACAGCAUGGCCACUACGACGUGUCUGAAAUGUUGCUGCAGCAUCAGUCCAACCCCUGCAUCGUGGACAACGCUGGGAAAACCCCCCUGGACCUGGCCUGUGAGUUCGGAAGAGUCGGGGUGGUCCAGCUGUUACUCUCCAGUAACAUGUGUGCUGCUCUGCUGGAGCCCAAAAAAGGAGACACCAGCGACCCCAACGGCACGUCUCCUCUUCACCUGGCUGCCAAGAAUGGACACAUAGACAUCAUCAGACUCCUGAUCCAGGCCGGCAUCGACAUCAACAGACAGACCAAAGCAGGCACUGCCCUGCAUGAAGCUGCUCUCUGCGGCAAAACGGAGGCAGUGAGACUCCUGCUGGAAUGUGGCAUCAACGCUACAGUGAGAAACACGUACAGUCAGACGGCACUGGACAUCGUCUAUCAGUUCACCGCAACACAGGCCAGCAGAGAGAUCAAACAACUGCUGAGAGACGCAUCAGCAGCUCUGCAGGUCCGAGCUCUGAAAGAUUACUGCAACAACUACGACCUGACCAGCCUCAACAUCAAAGCAGGGGAGGACAUUACGGUUUUGGAGCAGCAUCCUGAUGGACGCUGGAAAGGCUGUAUCCAUGACAACCGGACAGGAAACGACCGUGUGGGCUACUUCCCGUCCACCAUGGUGGAAGUCAUCAGUAAGCGCACAGGUUUGGCCAGCACAGUCAUUUGCACUCAACAGUUUCAAAAGAUACCGCUGGUUGCCCCGGCGACGGUUGCCCCUGCCAACGUGGUAGUCAACGGCAACGACAACACCUUCCAUCAGAUCCAUAUCCUGCCUCCUCCGCCUCCUCCACCACCACAUUCCCAUCAGCCACUGCUUCCACUUUUCACUUCCUUUGGCUAUAGCAGGUCGCCCGUGACCACGCCACAGGGAGACACACCCACUACCCCAGGUUGUCGCGGUUCAGAGGCAAGUCCUCACAGCUCUCCUACCCCGUCCAGCGGGCCCCAUGGAGGCUCCAACGAGGAGAUCUGGGUACUGCGCAAACCCGUGGCAGGUGGAGACCGUAGCAGCGUCGGCAGUUCUGGCAGCGUCACCAGUGUGAGGUCAUCAGGCAGCGGUCAGAGCGCAGGCAGUGCACACAUCCUCCAUGCACAAGCUGAGGGAGUUAAGCUUUUGGCCACAGUGUUGUCUCAAUCUGCCAAAGCUAAGGAGCAUCUGCUGGAACAGUCAAAGUCUGUGGAGCAACCUGCAGGCUCCACCGGCUCCUCUCGAACAUCCAGCCAAUCAGGCUGUCCGCUGCACGAAGCACCUCCUUAUGAUGUCACGGCAAACCGACAGAAGGGGGAGGUUCCCGGCGAGGGGAAGAGCUCAGAGGCUGUUGUCCAAUGGCUGAGCGACAUUCAGCUGCAGGUCUACGCUCCAAACUUCCUGGGUGCUGGGUAUGACUUGCCUACCAUUAGCCGAAUGACCCCCGAGGAUUUAACAGCGAUUGGAAUCACUAAACCAGGUCACAGGAAGAAAAUGACAUCGGAGAUCAACAAGCUGAGUGUCAACGAGUGGGUUUCUGAUCAAAAACCUGCCAGUCUGGGUGAGUGGCUUUCUGCUAUUGGUCUGAGUCAGUACCAUCAGGUGUUGGUGCAGAACGGUUAUGAGAACAUCGACUUCAUCACCGACAUCACCUGGGAGGACCUGCAGGAGAUCGGCAUCAUCAAACUGGGCCACCAGAAGAAGUUGAUGCUAGCUGUGAAGCGACUGGCUGAAUUGCAGCGAAGUACAGAUGGGUGGAGCUCUCUCCGAAAGAAGCCUCCACCAAUCACACAGCAACAGGAAGUCACAUCUGUGGAUGGCCCGCCUCCAGAUGAAAUCUUGUCUCCAAAGAUGAACACUUUCCAGGACAACAAUUUGAGCAAUGAGUCACAGAGCGCCAUGACCCAACCGGGUCAGGAGAGCAAAGCUCAGCGAACCCGCAGUGUCAGCAAAGACCCUGAGGAGGUGAUGGCAGGAGGUGGAGGAGCAAGUACGGUUCCGCCCAAGAAGGAAGCACGGACUAUGAGGCAGCAGAGCAGCCAGGGAAGCACGUCCUCCUCCUCCUCCUCCUCCACCCACAGAGGCAGCGUCUCCUCCCAGGGCAAACACCGACACGCCCACUCCCAGCCUGCUCCUCCGUACACGCCUCCUCACACUCCUACAAAGACCAGGACCUCUUCUUCAUCCUCCACCUCCUCUGUUCAGAGUACAGCUUCCCCGCAGACCAAACCCCGCUCACACCCCCCACAGUCUCCCACCCACCGUGGAGUUCCAGGUGGUCAACAGCAGCUGCCGCAGCCACAGCCACAGCCACAACCACAACCACAGCAGCAGCCUCCAGUGCAUCAGACAAACCCUCAGCACCAGCCACACCCGCAGGUGAAGGAGAACCACCAACCACAGGUUCCUCUGCUUUGCCUCCCACCGGAGACUGAGCUUGUGGAGGACGAAGAGGCCUCGGUGCUCCAGAAGAAACGAGCCCACAGCCUCAACCGACACGCCCUGUCAGACAGUGAGUGUGAUGAGCAGGCAGGGCGAGGAGGUGGAAGAGGAGGAGCAGGAGAAGCAGAUUCCACCGGCGGUCAGAACUCAGCUGCGGUCAGAGGUGACGGAGGUAAAUAUGCCACAGUGACCCACCGCGUCAGCCGCAGCCACUCCGUCCGCAACCAGGAGAAGAACGCCAACCGUGGCCAGCCGCAGUCAAUCACUCUACGUCAGAAGAAGAAAGGACCUCCGCCACCUCCACCCAAACGCUCCAGCUCUGCUAUCUCUAGCUCCAACUCCAACCUGUCAGAGGUCAACACACAGCAGCCCACGCACACCACCACUGGGGGGAUGUUGGACGUGCCUUACCACCAACAGCGGCGGGCCAGCGAUCUUGGUGUGUCAGUGGAAUCAGACGCUGUGGAGACGAGCAGUGUGGGUAAUGUGAGGACGAUUGCAGCCAUGUUGGAGAUGUCUUCUAUUGGGGGUGGAGCUAAGGGUAUAGCCCUGCAGAAGAAUUUCCUCCAGGUGGGAAAAACUCGGGAUGCCAUCGGUUUAGACGGUGAGGUGGUAAACCGCCGACGGACAAUCAGCGGCCCCGUCACCGAGCUGGUGGCGGCUGCCAAACGCACCCAGCCGACUGCAUCCACUCUGCCUUCUCCGUCCGUCCAACCUGAGACCUCCCUUCCUGUUGUGAAUAACUCCUGCCACUCCCCCCAGCCACCCUCGUCCCCCCACCCCAGCUCUGGAGGCAGCGGAAGCUCAUCAGAGAACCUGCCGUUUGCAGAGGAGGGAAGUUUGACCAUCCGCCGCCAGGGUAGAGGAGAAGGAGAAGGACAGUGUGUAUUUUGUGUUUGCCUGCAGGGCGACACAGAAGCCCCCCAGAGAGAGAGCGGCUACACCCAGGAGGACGCCCCUAUCGUUGAGGCCACGCCGAGACGACGGUCCCAUGGAUCCAAGCCCCAUCCCAACGGAUCUGACUUCACGCUGCAGGAGUCGUCCACCGUUAAACGACGUCCAAAGAGUCGCGACAAGGAACCUGAGGGCUUUGCAGACAUAGCCACGGCUAACGGAGAGCCAGUGGCAACUGCACCACCAAACACCACGCAACCAGUACCUUACCAGAACGGAACUGCCACCGUGAAACGCCGCCCGGUGUCCGACGCUGGAGUGACAGAACAACCACAACCUCAGCCUCAGCCUCAGCCACAGGUGAAUGCUACUCCUCACAGAGAAAGUUUGGAUCACGGAGCUCCAGUGAUCAAUGAAGGAGGUCCACAGAGAAAACCAAAGCCACCAGUCUCCCCCAAACCUGCCGUGGGUCAAAUAAAGAAACAGGGAGGACCACAGAUGUCCCCACAGCCGGCACCCAACAAGAGAGUCCCUCUGCCAGGCCCUGGAACACCGGGAAGCCCAGGGGAGGGAAAGAAGAUUCCUCCUCCAGUCUCACCCAAACCUUUACCCCCACCUACUGCACCCAAACCAGCCAAACUCAUCCACUCCAUGACCAGCCCCCCAUCCCCAACCCCGGUCUCUGCCCCUGUCAAACAGCACUCUGCGGUGGCCCGGCAGAUCAGCUCUCCCCCCUCUUUUCCCCCUUCCAACUCACCCAGUCCACCCAAUGUCAAGCCCACCAGCCCGUCCUCUCAGAGCCCACACACCCCUCCCACCCCCACUACACCACAGACUCCGGCCACUCCCAGCCCGACCCCGCACCCCGUCAAGCCCCCUCGAUCGUCCAUUGGCAGCGUGUCUAUGGACAGUGGGCUGGUGGGUGGAGGUGUGACGGUGCCGGCUGCCACGACAACACCGGACCUCUGCGUGGACCCCCUGGUGCAUCAGAAGUUGGAGGAGACCAGUGCAUCGCUGGCCGCGGCGCUGAGGGCUGUGGAGGACAAGAUACUGCGUCAGGACGACUCUGUGGCCGAGCAGAAAACCACCGUCAGCAUCCUGGACGACAUCGGCAGCAUGUUCGAUGACCUGGCCGACCAGCUGGACGCCAUGUUGGAGUAACCAUAGAGACCAGUCAGCAUGUUUCCAUGGCAACACUGCAGCAAAACUAACUCAGAUGGCACAAAGAGCAACUUGCCUCUCGCUCUGUCUUCAACUCCUCCUCAUCCACCAGUUGGUGUUGUGUUCAACUCUCUUCCAACUCUCACUGUUGUCCCUCCAUGACUUCACUGCUGCUCUGGAGACAUGUCUGUCCUCCAUCUCCUCCUCUCAUCUGCUGUGGCUGAUGAAGAAACUGACGAUGUCUCAGAGCCGCUGGACGUGUUGACCAGGGAUGAUGGAGGACGAGGGUGGGGAAAGAAAACAAAACACAGGAGGAUUAAAAAAAUAUGUAUGUGGAGAAAAAAAACAGAGACAAAGAAAUGGAACAGAGUGAAGGAGAGUUCACUCCACACAAGAACAAAUCAACUAAUAAAGAUUAAAAAAAAACCUACUGUGUAACAAACCAUAGUACGGUAUGUGUACAUUCUAAGCAUGGAGAGUUUAUAUCUACUGGAAAAGUCCUGCAUUAGCACACUAAUAUAUAUAUAAAAAUAUAAUAUAAUAAUAUAUGGAUAAAUAUGAAGCUCUAGCUCUUUGGUUUGAUGUCUUUGGUUAUGUGUGGAAUGGUGACCUCUGGUGUUGUGACAAUGUAAAUGAAUCAAUGGAAGAGAAAAAAAAAAAUCUGUUACUACACUAUUUAUUCAGCUGCUGAGGGUGUGUGUGUGUGUGUGUGU